GCCUAUCUGCGGCAUGGGAGCAGCUCUAGCCUCCGAACUCUAAGGAGACAGAUUUCCGGGCGGCGGGAGGAUGGUGUCAUUCGUCCUUCCGCUGGCGCAUGCGCGGAAGGCGGCCCUUCUCUCCCUCUCUUCCCACGAGCAGCAGCUGUUGAGUGUGACCAUCCCCCAACAUCCCUGAAUAUGUAUGCCUGUGCAAAAUUCGUCUCCGCUCCUACCCUUGUGAAGAACAGUACCCGGUUGCUCUACAGGCCCAUUUCUGCCUCUGUACUGACUAGACCUGAGGUCCGGACAGAUGGGCCCCGUUCCAUCACAGCUGCUCAGAAUGAGCUCCUGCCAGUUUUACGCCGGGAGCUCCAAACCAGCGCUGUUUCCAGGGACAUCGACACAGCUGCCAAGUUUAUCGGCGCCGGCGCUGCCACAGUAGGAGUAGCUGGCUCCGGUGCUGGCAUUGGGACUGUAUUUGGCAGUCUCAUCAUCGGCUAUGCCAGAAACCCCUCCUUGAAGCAACAGCUCUUCUCCUACGCCAUCCUGGGUUUUGCACUGUCUGAGGCCAUGGGGCUCUUCUGCUUAAUGGUGGCCUUCCUCAUUCUCUUCGCUAUGUGAAAGAGCCAGAUAAAGCUGUCAGUCCUGCGCUCCCCCCCUUCCCCCUGCAUUUAGUCCAGUGUGUAUACGGCCUGAUUGUUCUAUGGCAGAUAGGAGAAGCCCAUCUGUGAACCAAAUCCGUCCGACUUGGAAGGGGCAAGUUAAUAAAUACUGUAUCGGUAUACGUA